ACAGUAAUCAAUUACACACUUAAAUGUUUCAAUUCUUCAAAACUCCCUCUCUACUUUUUCUCUGCAAAACUCUGUCUCCCACUUCAGAGCUCUAUAAACUUCAUCUUCUGCUUAAAGGACUGAGCGUGUGGGGAUCAAGAGCGAUUAUUUUAAAUAAAUAAACAUGGGCAACUAUAAAUAAAGAAUCGAUCAAUUUUAGAGAGAGAGAGAGAGGGGGACAGAGAGAGAGAGAGAUGUGGAAAUGGCUCUGUUCAGGCAUGGAGGGACAGAGAGAGGUGUCCUAAGGGUUUAUGGGAAGAGGGGGAGGAGGUUUGGGAGACAUGAAAAGGGGAAGAAGCUAUCGAUCGGUGGAGUUAUAGCCAUUUUCACGGUUGUUUUGCUGCUCACGUUUUUGGCCUUUGGUUACGUUUCUCGUGGGAAAAAUGAGAAAAUGAAGGAUUAUAAGGAAGAUUCCUCUAAUGGGACCUCUGGAUCUAAAGUCCUCAAAUUUGGUCACGGUUUUGUUAGCAGCCUUGAGCGAGACUCCAGGGAUUGGGACCGUGAUGACAGGAGAAGGGAUGAUGCAUACAAUGAAGACACUGCUGACCUCUCUAAUGCUGAUGCUAAUAACAACGGAGAAGGGAAAAAAUCUUCAAAGGAUAUGCAUGAAAACUCCAUAGAAAAGCAGCAGAUGAAACCUAAAAGUAUGGGGCUGUAUAAUGAAGCUGGGCGUCAUGAAUUGGACCAAUACCGAGCUGAGUAUGAGGCAUCUUUGCAUGGGGGAGAGAGUAACGGGGUGGGAAACCUUAGUGAAGAAGAAGAUUUGAUUGAUGAAUAUGAUGAUGGGUUCGAUGCACAGGAUACUCAUCAUGAAGAUACUGAUGUCAAAGAUAGGAGGGAGGAUGAUCACCCAAGUUCCUCUAAUACUAUUUCAGGUGAUCGUCAAGGCUCUGAUGGUAUGAACGGUGGAGAAGGAAGCAACCCAGAAUUGGACAAGCAUUUGGAGAAUGAUUCCUCUAUAGUUGGGGAGGGUUUCAGUGCUGGUAAAAUGGAAGGAGAUCAUGUGGGUUUUGUAGAAGGUGGGUCUUCCCAAAUGACUGGCUCUGUGAAGAAAUCAUUUUCAAAAAAGAAAGGGAAGCGUCAUAAAUUUGCAGGUGCUUCCUGUGACAUGAAGCUCUUAAACUCUACUGCACAACUUGUGGAGCCCUUGCAGAGCAAAAAAUUUUCAAGGUUCUCCCUGCAAUACACAGAAGUAGAGGAGAGGCCGAGUGGGGUAGAGCAAUGGGAACCUAGGUUUGCUGGUCAUCAGACACUACGAGAAAGGGAGGAGACAUUUUAUGCUCGUGACCAGAGGAUUAACUGCGGCUUUGUCAAAGCGCCUAAAGGAUACCCAAGUACUGGUUUUGACUUGGCAGAAGAUGACAUGAAGUACAUGCAAAGAUGCCACAUAGCUGUGUCUUCAUGCAUUUUUGGGAACUCUGAUAACUUGAGAACACCUACGGGCAAAAUGGUCUCACGGUUGUCAAGAAAAAAUGUAUGUUUUGUAAUGUUUGUGGAUGAGAAUACAUUGCAAACAUUGUCUUCAGAAGGUCAAAAACCUGACACCAUGGGAUAUAUUGGUUUAUGGAAGAUUGUGGUUGUGAGGAAUCUACCUUACACUGACAUGCGGCGUGUAGGGAAAAUUCCAAAGUUCCUUACUCAUCGACUUUUCCCAGCAGCCAGGUACUCCAUCUGGCUCGAUAGCAAGCUGCGCCUUCAAAGAGAUCCCCUCCUGAUCUUGGAGUAUUUCCUCUGGCGUCAUAACUAUGAGUAUGCAAUAUCCAAUCACUAUGAUAGACAUUGCGUGUGGGAGGAGGUGUUGCAAAACAAGAAAUUAAAUAAAUUCAACCACACCAUCAUUGAUCAGCAGUUUGCCUUCUACCAGCAUGACGGGUUAAAGAGAUUUAACGCUUCAGAUCCUGAUAAAUUUUUACCCAGCUAUGUCCCCGAGGGAUCUUUCAUCAUAAGAGCGCAUACACCUAUGUCAAAUCUGUUUUCAUGUCUAUGGUUCAAUGAAGUCGAUAGGUUCACACCCCGUGAUCAGCUCAGCUUUGCAUACACUUCCUUGAAGUUGAGAAGGAUGAACCCUGGGAAACCAUUCUACUUUAACAUGUUCAAGGAUUGUGAAAGGAGGAGCAUUGCAAAGCUAUUCCAUCACAGGUCAGAGGAGAAGAGGAACUUGCCCUUGCAGGCAGAUGGGUGAAGUGAGGAUUAUACAGGAGUUCGGCACGUAAAGCUCUCACUUUCUUCUCAUGUGAGCCAGUGAUGCAUGCACAUGUUUAUAUAAUGUCAGAUGGGUCUCACUGAAAAUUACGAUUGCUUCUCCUGAAAUCUUUGCCCCCACACAUUUAAAUGACACGCGAGUUAUUCCGUGGAUUCAAAUUGUUAACCCUCCAUUGAGGUCACAGCUCAGGGGCGAGGAUUGCAUUCUUUUAUUCUCUUUCAUUUAUGAACAAAUAGUAUUGGUUUAGUUCCUCAUCUUUUUGGGGAUUGGGCAAAAUCUCCAGUUCUUAUGUACCAAAAGGCCCUUUUAGUCUUUAACAGACAUGGUAUUCUCCUCUCGGCUUUUGUGCUCGAGAUUUGUGCUUUCUUGCUUCUCUAACUUCUUAUUCGUCGAUCCAUUGUUCCCUGACCACUUUCUGUAUUUUGGCUAAUAUUGAAGGAUGUGGUGAUUGGUUUACCUUUUAGGCCAAGAACUUUC